CUUCUCUUUGAAUCAUGAAGCUGUUGGUAGUUUUCUUGGGUCUAACUCUCGUCGCAGCCGGAGCUGCUAAGAAGGAUUCCGAGGAUCCUGAUCACAUUAUAACCAAUGGAAGCCCCGCGUACGAAGGACAGGCUCCCUAUGUGGUGGGCAUGGCCUUUGGUCAGAGCAACAUCUGGUGCAGUGGCACUAUUAUAGGCGACACCUGGAUCCUCACAUCCGCUCAAUGUUUGACGGGCAGUUCCGGGGUGACCAUCUACUUUGGAGCCACCCGGCUGAGUCAGGCCCAGUUCGCUGUGACGGUGGGAGCCAGUGAGUAUGUCACGGGUAACCAACAUCUCGCCCUGGUCCGAGUUCCCCGAAUUGGAUUCAGCAACCGGGUCAACCGGGUGGCCCUGCCGUCUCUGAGAAAUCGAUCCCAGCGCUACGAGAACUGGUGGGCCAAUGUCUGUGGUUGGGGAGUGACCACCUUCAACAAUGGACUCACCGAUGCGCUGCAGUGCGUCGACCUCCAGAUAAUGUCCAACAAUGAGUGCGCCGCCUUCUACGGAUCCACCACCGUCUCGGACCAGAUUCUGUGCACCCGUACUCCCAACGGCAGAUCCACUUGCUACGGCGAUGCCGGCAGUCCCCUGAUCACCAAACAAGAUUCCAUCGUGGUGGGCGUUUCCACCUUUGUGGCCUCCAACGGUUGCACCUUGGGACUGCCCGCUGGAUUUGCCAGGAUCACCAGCGCACUGGAUUGGAUCCGGCAAAGGACUGGAAUUGCCUACUAAUGGGUCAACAGUAGCCACAUAUAAUAAAAAUUCCCUAUACCUGCAAAUAUGUGUUAUUUUCGACUGGCUAAUUUUUGGGUAAAAACUUUGUUAGCCAACUGCAAA